AGCUGGAUAUUGUGUAAGUAACUUCACCUUCUCCUCCAAUAAUUGCUAUAAAUACAUGCUCUCCCAGAUCAGUAUGGCGAUAUAAGGAAGCAUCACCAAAUCCAGUUUUCUUUGUUCCAUCCCGGAGAUUGGGUUAAAAUAAGGUAGCAAAAUUUUUUUCCUUGUUGUAGGGUUUAUCAUUUACUGAUAAAGAAAAAUUAUUUGCUGCUUUAGAUUAUUUUAGAUUUCCAUACACAAGUAUAUGACAUUGGUGUAAAUUUUUUAAACGAUUUUGUAUAGAUGGGGAGAUUGGUAAAGCUCUCUUUAGGGCUUUGGACUAAAAAUUCAAAUGGAUAUUGGUCGUUUGAGGUAACUUCUUAUUAUCACGGUGAAGCCAUCAUAAUAACCAACAACAAAUCCUUUGAUGGUCUGGUCGAGUUGAUUCGUAUAAGGUUAAAUCUCGGGAUACUAACUCCCGUUGCCUUGACUUAUCAACUCCCUGACUGGAUGAUUGUCCAUGAUGGUCCAAAAACGCCGCCGAUCACCUUAUCCUGUGACAAGGAUGUUGAGAUUCUGACAAGUGUAAGAGACUACAUGUCUGAGGCGGUACUCUAUGUAACUAGUGGACCUGAACUAGUUGCAAGGUACGAGUUCUUGCGUCGAUCGCCUUUCACUAUAGGUGAUACAACUUACCUUGAAGAGGGCGUAUUAGAAGCCCAACAUCGGCAAGCAAUUCUUGAUUUGGUUGGAGGCCAUCCGAUCGUAUGUAGCAAACACAUAUUAGAAAUAAUGUUCAAUGAGCCACAACUCCUCAUUGUAUUUCGUGUUGCUCUUGAGAUAGAAAUGGUAUAUGGUCUGCCUAAUGACAACGUCCAAGCAGAAGAGGCAACAGGGUUUUCACGGUUAACCGUCGACGAUGUUGUAUCUAUGGCAGAAGCCGGUACCAUUUCACCGGAAGAAGAGUUCUACUAUGGUGAAAAUGAUGAAGGUAUAGGAGACUUAAUUUUCUUAACUAAUAGUAGUACUAAUUAAACCGUAAUGACUACUAGUAGUAUUUUUUUCUUCAGUAAUAUAUAUGCAGAACGUUAGAAAUGUGAUAUUAAAGUAAUAUAUUGAUUUAUAAAUCACUUGUUUCACUUGUGACUGAUAUACGUAAUAGUUGAAAUUGAUACAAGAACAUCCGGUUUAUAUACGAUUUUUUUUGUUAUUAUAUUUAAUCUAUAUAGCAAAUACUAAUGUUUUUAAUUUAUUCCUAAUGCUCUAUGGUGAACCGAUGACUAUUGAGGAGUUGCAAUACAAUAUGCAAUCCCAAUUGGCCAACCAGCAUCUCUUCUGAAUCAUUCAACCCCUCUAGAAGUGGAGCCGCUAAAUGUUUGGAGAGACAUGACGGAGGAAGAGGAAUACUGGGAUGGAAUUGCCGCUCAUGAAAAUGACUAUGAAGUGUACUAUGCACAUUCAACCCACCCAACUGAACGUGUGAUUGGUUUGCCUCUUGCUCCAAAUCGUAGAAUCGCAGCCCCACAACCAGCAACAAUAAUCAUCAUCGACGAUGAUGAUGGCUCGACCACCGCUUCUUCAGAUGCUUUGAACGAAAACAUCAUCAUCACUUCUGCGCCUCCGGCUGAAGAUAUCGCAACAAUUGGUAUGGAACUAUCAAACAAUGGACCGGCUGUUAUGGAAGGUGAUUCCUCUACAGCAGUGGUAAACAUAAACCAAGCAGGAUCUUCGGAAUUUCCUAUUGACCCAACUCCAGAGGACAACUCCAACAAGGCAGAACCUACCCUUGAUCUAACCCUUACUCUUGGAAAUAAAGUACCAAGCAAUGGAGAUGUUCCCAUAGAAGCUUUGAAUGGCUCGUGCUCUGACCCGGAUGAGGGCAGCGGUGUGUUUCGUCCCUUCUUUUAAGAACUGCAUGUUUAAAUCUAUUAGAAUAAAUAAGUUGCCUCUUUUGUUGUGAAAUAGUUGGCUCAAGAAUAUCGUAUUUUGGCUUGUUUGAACAUCACCGAAGCAGAACUAAUAUGUUUGUGGAAGUUUGUAAUGUGAAAAUAUGAAUGUAAAAUAUGUUAUCCUAUUUUAUAUUUCCCUAUUAGUAACUAACAAAGGCACCAAAUCCGAAUAUUGUAGGAAACAAAACAAAUAAUUCUGAGGAAUUAUAUGUGGGAAAGGUUUUCAGAAAUAGAGCUGAUUUCAAACAACAAAUGGCAUCUUACACAUUGAGAUGUAAAUUCCGGUUUAAAAACUCACGUUCAUUACCAGAUGGGAUGGUUCUUCAGUGCAUAAGUUUAACUUGCAAUUGGAGAGUUUAUGCAGUAAAACUGAAGAAUGUUGAAAAAUAUGAAGUUCGGAAACUAAAUUUGGACCAUACAUGUUCCGUCGACGAACGUGCAGGUAUACAACAAACAAUUUAGUAUACCAUACUAACCGAAUCAGGCCAAGUGCGUAACAAAUAUAUUACUUUCGAGUAAAGACAAUAUAGAAAUAAAAUAUAAAUAAUGUCUUUGUAAUAACGAAAUAGUAAACAAUUUUUCUUACAUAUGGUAUCCUGAAAGAUUACAAUACAUGAAUAAUAAAAAAACCUACCGCAGGAUAUGAAGAUCAUGCGACCCAUACCGUCAUUGGAGAGAUAAUAAAGACAAGAUUUGCUGGUCAAGCUAGUGGACCACGGCCUAAUGAGAUUAUCCAACUAAUGCUAGGAGAUCACGAUAUUAGGAUAUCAUAUUGGAAGGCAUGGAGGUCUCGUGAGGUUGCCCUAGACUAUGCGAAAGGCUCAUGUGCAACAUCCUACAAAUUGCUUCCGGAGUAUCUUCAGCGAUUAGUAGAGCAAAUCCAGGGACUUUAGCCGAAAUCCAUGCAAUAU